UGAGUUUCUCCAGCAUUUUGUCUACCUUCAAUUUUCCAGCAUCUGCAGUUCCUUCUUAAACAUUUCUUUCACCAGUUUCAGCUAAAUUUAAAAAAAAAUGCUUUUAAUGGGUGGGCCAGUAUCUGAAUAAGAAUAGCCAGCUCAUGUUUCUGGUUGGAUUUUGCGUUGGUGAACAUCUAUGGAAAAAUAAUUAAGGACCCUAGAAUGAGUAGAAGCUGAAAAAUCAAAGGUUGUUUUGUGCAGAAAGGCUAAGGGGAAACUAUGGUAUUGUUAGGGACAGAAGAUGAAAUGUCAGAUAUAGAGACUAAUUGGAGAGAAGCAAGUUGUAAAAUAGACCAUUCUCUUCCCUCUGUUCAACUCAUUGGUUCAUAGAGUGUUCCUUGAAGUCCCCGAGUACAUUAGGUUUGCCGUUCGAUUCAGGAAUAAAUGUAGAUAGGGUUAAAUAACGCGAAGGGAAGUGCUGCGGGACUUCACAGUGUGAAUUACUGGUGAAUAACCAAUGAAAUACUGAACUAAUUAAGUUUUGAUGAUAUUGGUGAAAGGGGGAAUGUUGGCAAAUGAUCUCACAUUUGAAAUAUUAUAAUGAUGAACAAGGUGGGUUCUAGAGGUGAGUGAGAUGGAAGCAAUUGGAGAGGAGCAGACUCGCUCUGUUUACAGAAAGACACAAAGUGCUGGAGUACCUCAGUGGGUCAGGCAGCAUCUCUGGUGGCAAAUUAUGGUUGAAUGCUUCGGGUCGGGACUCUUCUUCAGACUGAAGACGUCUGAAGGAGUCCAGUCUGAAGAAAAGUCCCGCCACGAAAUGUAGCUCAUCCUUUUUCUCCAGUAAUGCUGCCUGACCCGCUGAGUUAUCCUAGUACUGUGUGUCUAUCGUUGGUAUAAACCAGCAUCGGUAGUUCCUUGUUUUUACAUUCGCUCUGUCUACACUUGUCUCACGUUUGCAAUGACCAGCGCAUGAAGCGAACAAUAUAUGUCAAUGAUGGGGGGAAAACGCGCCAUGCAGCAAAUGAUAUUUGCAGCAAAAAGUUAUCCCCUUUACAAAUAUCCCGUCUGAAAAUUAAAUACACCUGAAAUUAAAUAAUGCCAUUCUGGACUCACUGCGCGCCUGUAUUUCCCCAGUAACAUGUGAUCCCGGCGGGCACUUUUGCUGACUGCCACAGGGUUGACCAUGAAGCACUUUUUAAACAAAAACGGCACGGGUGAUGGUGUGGCACACUUUAGACCAGGUACGGUCCAAAUGAUUUCAGCAGAGUUCACCUGCAGAGUGUAGAAGGAGCGACACAGAGAGGACAGCAAGAGCUGGGGUAGUUUGUGUGAUAGUGUGUGUGAUGGUGUAUGUGCGGGGUAGUGUGCGGGGUAGUGUGCGUGCGUGUGCAGGAGUAUGUAGGAGUAUGUGUGUGCGUGCGCGGUGUGUGUGUUUGUGAUAGUGUGUGUGUGUUGUGAUAGUGUGUGUGUGUUGUGAUAGUGUAUGUGUGUGAGAUAGUGUGUGUGGGGCAGUGUGCGGAGUAGUGUGUGUGUGUGCAACAAAAGAGGAUGGAGAGCAUUGCAUUCUCCUUUAACCUACUGGGUUGCAGGCUGGGGUUUGCCUUCUGCUCCCCGACCACCUCGACAUUAAGUGUCGCGAUGAAAUGCGACACGGCAUCUGGCACGCCGCGUGCCCAAUAAAUAGAUUAGACUUUGAUGGAACUAUUAGCUGUUAUGAAAACCCUUUGCACAGGAGGAUGUCCAUAUAUGGCAACCCGAGCAUCCGAUGGUGUUGCUGGAAUCUGGAAUGCCUGCUUCUAACUCGGGAAUGGAUUCCUUAGCGCAACAAUAAAGCCGUUUUAAAAAAAAAAAUCCCCUCCCUCCAGAAGAGGUGAGCAGCAAAAAAAAUAAAAUAUGCCGGUCGUUGUGUGUUAAGAGGCAAGUUAGCACCAAAUGCCUUAGCGUUGCGCUGCUACCUUCUCCCAAGGCGUUGCUGCAGGGUCCAGAACGCACUCCGCUCCUUGUAAUUCCAAUGCCUGCUACUGUGAAACAGGGACCAUCCGCUGCAGUGCAGCCGCAGAACAAAUUGUCACCCAGCUGAAGUCAAACCAUUCGGAGGUUAGGAAGACCUAUUUUAGCGAGUCUCCCGAGGGAGGAUUUGUUGUUCUGAGUGCACACCGCAGCCGGCAGCUACCCUCGCAGGGAAUGAGAUUGGGAUUAGCCUUGUAAACGGAGGUUGGAGCAACGCAGACUGAAUACAAGGGGAGAUAAAUUAACAUGAAAUGAUUCCUACAGCACGCUGGGAUUUCAUCCAUUGAAGAUGCUGCUGGCCGGCUGAGGUUUUCUGAGGGAGAAGACAGGAAGAGGUUGCUCUCAAUAUUUCCACCGCUGCUGCUACUGUCCACAUUUUCUGGGCUGCUUCAUGAUGGUGAGGCUAGCAGUACAGAGCAAUCCUGAAGAAUGAAGGAAAAUUGCGUGCUUUAUUGACACAAUGAAGGGAUAUAAUGGGAGUCGGAGCCAGUCACAACAUUCUUCCGCACACACAUGCCAUUGUAUGCCUGAGGAUAGCGAUCACUCCCAUGAUUACCUACAUCACAGCCAGGACCCGAGGCAGUCGUAUUUGCUCAGUCCCACCGAAUCCUGCUCCAUGGACCAUCACUACUGCGGGUCGAGAGGCACCAUGCCCGCUGAAUGCGUUGCAGCGCAGGUUAGCAUGAAUGAACAGAUGUCGUCCAGCAGCACCUUUCCGAGGAUGCACCACAACCCGCAGUAUGAGUCUUGUGAUGACUGCAUGGCUGCCACCCACACGGCCAGCAAGAUCAACCGGCUGCCCGCCAACCUGCUGGACCAGUUUGAGAAGCAGUUGCCCCUCCACCACGAUGGGUUCCACACACUGCAGUACCAACGGGCAAGCUCGGCAGAGCAGCGGAGCGAGAGUCCCAGCCGCAUCCGCCACCUGGUCCAUUCCGUGCAGAAGCUUUUCGCCAAGUCCCAUUCCCUGGAAGCCCCCUCGAAAGGAAACAUAAAUGGGACGAAGGGAGAGGGAAGAGGUGGUGACAGCUACCACCAUCAUCACCACCAACACCAUCAACACCACCACCACCAGUCGAGAUCAGCAAAAAGGAGUAAAAGCAAGGAACGCAAAUCGGAGUCCAAGCACAGAGCCAAGAUCACUGGCUGGUGGAGUUCAGAUGACAACCUCGACAGCGACAGCAGUUAUAUGGUAACUGCCGGCUCCAGUAGGCACUCUAUGGAUCAGUCCACCCAAUACUGUACAGAACCCAUUGAAAGUGCCUUCAGAGAUUUGACCAUGAAGAGCUUAAAAAGCAGCAGUGAAGGGAAAUGUUUAGCUUGUGCGGCCAUGCCAAUGCUGGCUGAUUCACAGCACACAAAACGUGGUGCAUGGUCUACCAUGACAGUAAGCCAAGCCCGGGAGGCCUAUCCCAGCUCGGGCCUGAACCAAGACAAACCAAUGCUACAGGAUAUCAAGGCACAAGAAAGAGCUUAUCAUUAUCUUCAGGUGCCCCAGGAUGAAUGGGGGAGCGGGUAUCCAGGAGUGAACAAGGACGGGGAGAUUCCUUGCCGGCGUAUGCGCAGUGGCAGCUACAUCAAAGCAAUGGGGGAUGACGAAAGUGGAGACUCAGAUGCCAGCCCAAAGAUGUCACCAAAGGGAGCUGCACAGCACGAGAACUAUCUGAAAUCAAUCGCUGCGGGAAGCGGGAGUGAGAGGGGUCGCUCAAAGUUCAGCUGCAAACACUGUUCCGAUCCAUAUAUAUGUAGCCAUUCCCAUCUGCGAGGACAAACAGCAAUGAACUACAGCCUGGAUAACCUGCACCGGUCUAGUCUCCGCACUCCCUCCAAACUUCAAGCCAGGAGUCAGGGCUAUGGUCGAAUGCUCAACGCCAACAAUCAGAUGGACGACGCUGAUUUGAACAGGCAGUUCGAAGUGGUGUGUGAGUCAGUCUUUGGUGAAAUGGAAUCCCAGGCUGUGGAGGCUCUGGACCUGCCUGGCUGCUUUCGCAUGCGAAGCCACAGCUAUCUACGUGCCAUUCAAGCUGGUUGCUCACAGGACGAUGACUGCUUGUCUGUAUUUUCCAUGUCAGCACCCAUGAUGCCUACUACAACUGUCAGUGCUAUUAAACCCAGUACAUCAUUUACUUAUAAGAAAGCUCCUCCAAUUCCUCCACGAAUGGCUACAAAACCAAUUAUUUCAGUGACAGCCCAGAGCAGCACAGAGUCAACCCAAGAUGCAUACUUGCAGAACGAGGUGAACCGGUCCACUUCCUGGUCAAAAGACAUUAAAUCCCAGUGCAAUUCAACAGACAGUCUUGACAGUACCAAAGCACUGAAUUUGGCCUUGGAAUCCUUUGCCCCAAGUCGUUCUUCAAUGAAGAGCUCUGAGGGAACUGGAAUUAGUAAAGGCAUCCUGAGUCGUGAUGAACCAAAGUUACAGCCGCGCCAAAGGAAGUGGCGUUCAUCUGUAGGGAUACAGGUGGAUAGUUCAGAGACUAUGACUGAUUCUGACACAGAGAGUAAAGGCCUUCGAGAAUUCCAUUCAAUUGGGGUACAGGUUGAAGAUAAUAAACGACAUGCCAGAUUUAAACGAUCAAACAGUGUGACAACAAGUGUGCAGGCUGACCUGGAACUCGAAGGCAUCCCGGGGGUGUGCGUGAGCACAGAGGACAAGGGCUUCCAGUUCAGCCAGCCGUUUGUGCGGCAUUCCUCAGAGCCAGAGCAGUCCAAUGAGUACACGUCGUUCAGAACUGUUCACACACAGGGACAGUGGGCGUACAGGGAUGAUUACCGGAUGCGCUAUGAGAGUGCUGACCCCCAACGCCAGGACCACUGGGGAGAAUCCAGUGUUCACAACCACCCAGAACCCGGCAGAGUGUCUCCGUGCCACAGAGAUGGCGACUGGUUUAUCAAGUUGCUGCAGGCAGAGGUAGAACGAUUGGAGGGUUGGUGUCAGCAGAUGGAGAGAGAAGCUGAGGACAAUGACCUACCUGAAGAGGUGCUUGAAAAGAUCCGCAGUGCAGUGGGCAGCGCUCAACUUCUUAUGUCACAGAAGUUCCAGCAGUUUUACCGACUUUGCCAGCAGAACAUGGAUCCGAAUGCUUUCCCUUUGCCUACCUCCCAGGACUUGGCAGGAUUCUGGGAUCUCUUGCAACUGUCCGUUGAGGACGUGACUUUGAAGUUUGAUGAGUUGUUACAGAUAAAGGCCAAUAAUUGGAAAUUGCUGGAGGCUUCAGAUAGAAAGGAUGAAAUGAAGAUGCCCCCUCCUAUACCAAAGAAACCACCGAAGGGAAGGUUAUCCCAGGCACGGGAAAAGUCAUUGGAACUUGCAGACAGACAGAGGCAAGAAGCGAGGAAACGGCUCAUGGCUGCUAAAAGAGCAGCUUCGUAUCGACAAAACUCUGCCACAGAGAGUGCAGAUAGCAUUGAAAUCUACAUCCCCGAGGCUCAAACCAGGCUUUGAAGUCACACCACGCCGUUUGGCAGGAGCCUAUCUUUAACUUCAACUUCACUUCUCAUGUUCGAGGGAAGAUGAAACCAGACUAUGGGCAUAAUUUGAAUCCUGCUGUCUAGCCUCAGUUCUAGCAAGCAUUAACAUUCCUCUUGUGUUCCUUUAUGUUGUCACGGUGGACCAAUUAUAUUUUCUUCAGUUUUUAAUUGAAGCUGCAGUCGAACAUAUUUUGUGCACAUGUUCUUUAUAACGCAUCUGACCAUCAGUCACACCGAGGAAGCAUAAUGUGGUAAACAUCCCACAUUCAUUCUUAUUUUUCAACUUUUGUUUCACUAGGAAACUGUUUCACCAGGACUAAGGACUAAACACCAGACCUGUGACACAGUGAAAUGUUCAUCAUUCACUUUCACUGUAAUUAACUUUCUAUAAUGCUCCUUGCCAGUGAUGUAUUCUUAACGUGUUACAUUUCACAGAGGCAUUGUGACUGUAGCUGAAUUUGUCUUAGGAAUUAGUUUUUUUUUUAGAAGAUGUCAGAUUUACACACAAAUCUGUGAGAAUCCAAAAACCAAAAUCUGAAUUUCCAUAGGAAAUGGUUGGGAAAAAGCUGAGGUCAGUUGCUACUCGACUCAGUUAUCCCUGGCUGUCCAUAAAAGUUUUCAUUUGGAGAUUGGGGUAGGUUGAUGGAUUGAAAACCAUCCCUUUGCUUCUGGGACCUGAGUCUGAAUCCAGCGCAAACCCCCUAUCGGAAAACAACGUGACUUUGGUGGCAAAAGACACGUGAGCGAACCAUAGAGUUACCAAACAUAAGCAGCUCAUCUCUGUCUCUCUGUCCAUGGCCGCAAGAGGAAAGCUGAACCUAGUUCUCAGUAAGCAUGAGUCCACAGCACAAAACCUUGCCCAUACCCUGCCGCUCACUCCUGCUGAAUGAGUAGGCUGAGCUGGCGUGAGAAGGGCUAUAAUGCCAGGCCAAGGGCUGGCCCUUCAAUGGGUCCAAUUUCUCAUGUUGCUAGGACAACGUAGAGGAAGGUUUGCUGUCCGUCUGCCUGUGGGUAUAUUUGACCUGGGAGAGAUUGAUUCUGACAGUGGGUAGGAACAAAGAGGGAACACGUAACCUCUUCAACACUGUUAGGCCUCACUUGAGCACAAUAUUGUAUUAAAACAAAUGUGAAUUUUUAAAAUAUUAUCAUCCCCAAAUGUUAUGAUUAAGAUCAGAUUUACCCUGGGCAUCAGCACUUGAGAGUAAGGAAUGCAGAGAAAGUCGAGAUAAUGAGAAGAGCAUACUAAAAUGGGGGGAAAAGAAUAUACCAAAAGCUACAAUGGAAAUGAUGAUGCAGAGAGAAGGGGUUGGAAGCUUCAGCCAAUAUGUCCAGGUUGCUGCUGUGACCUGGAAAGUGUGAAAUGGUUGUAUUUGCAUGUUAAGGUAAUGCCGGGAUGCAUAGACUGAGAAAAGUGUGUAAUAUGCAGUAGGCUGUAUAGUGGCAAAAAUUAUUUGGGCUAAAUCUCAAAGAGAAUGAAUGCGCGUUGUUUUGAAAUUCCAUAAUAUCAAGUGGCAUAUGAUAUUAAACAGCAUGAUAAGCAGGGUCACUAAAUGCAAUGUAAACACAAUUUCUGUGAAGAUAGUCAUGGGAGGAGCAGCCAGCAGAAGGAUUGCAGAGGUCCUUGUUGCCGAGACUGCUGCUGUUUUGAAACGGUAAUGCUGAUUAUCACCGGGCAACUAUUCUUACUGAUGGAACUGAUUUAUAUCAAAAUCUUUCAGUGGACGGUUCAAUCCUUGUCUGUAUGGGAAGCCUUUAGCUAAUUCUUCUACUCUGACUUUUAUAUCUGUACAUGGAAGCCGACAAAUGAAUCGAGGCGAGUGUGAUGACAACUGGCUUCUAUAUAUAAAGAUUUCUGCUGGUAGAGAAUCGUCAAUUGUUCUUCACAUUCAUUCACUAUACAGAUAGCUCUGAAGGGUCUUCCUGCAGGUUUUGUACCACAUACUGAGUGGGGUAUGACCCCCAUGUACUUACAUAAGUUAUCAAUCAGUUCCAAAUAACACUGGACAUUAAUAAUAAUUUUAUAAACAGAAGGCACUGGAAAUACCUAGUGGGACAAGUAGUACUUGUGGUGAGCGAACCAGAGUUUUAGCAGUAGAGAUGUGACCUCUAACAAAUGGAUUAAAUGUAUGAUAUACUGUAUCACAUGCACUGUCUCUAAAAUUAACUUCCUAGUCAUACAGCAUGGAAGCAGGCCCUUCGGCCCACUGAGUCUGUGCCAACCAUCCACCACUCACUUAGGUACACUAAUGCCAUUUUAUUCUCUCCACAUUCCCAUUCACAGCACCCUGAUUCACCUACACAGCAGGGGGGGAGCUUAAGGUGGCCGGUAUCCCACCAAACUGCACUCACUUGGGAUGCAGGAUGAAACUGGGGGGGAAAUGGUACAGUCAAAUGAACAAGGAAAUGACACAUAGCCAGCACCGGAUAUCAAGAGUGAACCAGAUUACUGGAGCUGUGAGUCAGUUUCACUGAAUGUGCCACAAUGACAUCAGUCAUUUGAAAAGCAGAGUUCAACGCACAUGCAUGACACAUUUAAGGAGUCUCCAUUCUAAAGUUUCAGGUAUAAUAACGUGACGUUCUGACAAAAGGUUAAUGAUCCAAAACUUUAACUCUGCUUCCGCUGCCACAGGUGCAUCCUGACCUCCUGUAUGUUUCCGGUAUUGUUUGAUUUUAUAUCGGAUUUCUAGCAUCUGCAGUAUUAUUGCUUAGGAAUUGUGAUUUAUCUUUUCAUGUCCACAUCAAAAUCAUCACAGGUUCCAAAUUUGAUUGGCAUCCUAAAAACUUGUCAGCCACUCGAUUGCAAAGAGUAUUGAGAUGUGUGCCCUGUAUUCAAGUUAGCAAACAAAAUAACUCCGAUCACCAACAUAGGAUCUGCAAUGAAUGUCAAGUAUUGUGUUUGAAUUUACAGAAAGGAAUGAGCUUGAUGGGCCCAAUCACUUUCCCCUUUUGCUCUGUAUCCGCUGUACUGUCAAACAAUGGCAUAGCAUGACAGGAUCCAGGGGUAUCUCUUAAAAUUAUUGUUUCCCCAGAUCCUGUCCGUCUAUGUUGCCCUGUAGAUCUGCAUUGUAUAAAGCACAUCCUGAGGUGCCAUUUCAUUACUCUGUUUGGCUGAAAGAUCUUCAGAACAUACUUCAGAGGUCUAAUAGAAUAAAGCUAGGCUACUUGGAGGAACCAGGUUCUCAGACAAUGCAUCUAAAACCAGUUGUUUUAGUUUACUGUGUACUCUUCCAGUGUCUCAGGCAUUGGCUUGGAAAUGCACUUGUAAAGAAAUAUUCUUACCAAAUAUCUAUUCAUAGUUUUUUGUUCCAUAAAAUUAAUUAGUUUCUCAUCCAUAAUAUAUAUCAUAGCCUGUCAGGCAGUGAAGUUCUCAAAAAAAAAUCCUCAAUACUAGUAUCUAGGUAGAACAAAAUUAUAUCUAAUGUAAUGGUUUUUAUGUAGCGGCAACCACUAAUCCUUGUUUACAACAUCAUACCUGGGCAAGGAAGACUUCAGCUGAAUACCACCAAUGACUCUUCUUUAGCUGAUGAAUUAGUAAUCUUCCAUGUUUAACACCUCUUGCAAGAGCACAUAGCAAGGGGGCAGAAUCCAUGCUGAGUGAUGAGGGCUUUGGCUUCAGUGCCUACCAUGAAGAAUGGGUUGGGUAGCAUCACCAAUGAUCAUACUUGCCAGAUCCUGAAAGACAUAGAUGCCACGACAAUGACAAAAUGAACCUUGCCCUCAUUAAGCCAUCUGUUUUGGAUUUCUAAUUCCAUGCAAUAUUGGUUGUAAUGUUUGUAUUGUCUUCACUCUGGGUGUACUGUGCAUUUUGUUUUCUGCUAUCAUCACCGUACCACAUAGAAUAGAUUCAGAACUGAGCUUGCGGGUCCAAACUGUGUUCCACUACAAUUUAUUUAGUUCAUGGGAUGACAAAAUGACGGGGCCCGCAAGUGUAAGAAAUGCAAAAGGAAUUUCACUGUGCAGUUGCAUAUGUGACAAAUAAACCACUAUUGAAUUAUUGAAGCCAGGGCACCAAACGGAUCAAUGAGGAGUAUAAAAACACUUAUGCAUGCCCAGAGCAGCAUAAGGUGAACCUGAAAUUGAGAUUUGGUGAUGCAUGCUGUAUGCUUGCUAAAUGGUGAAAGCAGCAUGCAGUGAAUGGAACGACGUGGUGGCGCAGCGAAAAAAUUGCUGCCUUACAGCGCCGGAGACCCGGGCUGAGGUCACUCAAUACAUUCCAAGCUAGGGCUUUAAUAACCUCCCAGUUGCAGUGCUGUAAAUGGCAAGCUUGAAAUCCCACGCAGGUCACGGUGGCGCAGCGGUAGAGUUGCUGCCUUACAGCGAAUGCAGCGCUGGAGACCCGGGUUCGAUCCCGACUUUGGGUGCUGUCUGUACGGAGUUUGCACAU